AUGCCGCCGAAGACAGGACGUGGUCGCAAGAUAACUGCCGUGCCACGAACUCAACCAGGCGGAGGCCAAGUGAGAAAGGAGACUGCAACUGCCGGUUCAUCCCAGGCGACUGCAUCUCCGUCGACCCGGGGAGCGCGCAAGUCGACGGGAGGCAAGAGACCUCCCGGCGCGUCCAGAAAAUCAGAUGUCCAACCUGGUGAUCCUACACCCCAAGGCCGUCCCCGCCGCUAUAAGCCAGGAACCGUUGCCCUGAAGGAAAUUAAAAAAUACCAACGCUCUUAUGAUCUUCUCAUCCUAAAGCUUCCUUUUGCAAGACUAGUGCGCGAGGUUGCACUAGAGCUUCUUCCGGCGGAUGUUGGUGCUGAGCUGCGCUGGCAGUCACACGCGAUUCAAGCACUUCAGGAAGCUGCAGAGGCUUUUCUUGUACACUUAUUUGAGGACACCAACCUGUGUGCCAUACAUGCGAAGCGCGUUACCAUUAUGCAAAAGGAUAUCCAACUGGCUCGGAGAAUUCGUGGCGCUUGGGGUGGCUUAGGAUAA